AUGAAGUUUAACGAUAAGAGAAGAACGACUGGUGAUCAACCGCAAGAAGUCGAAUGGCCGGUAACUGGGAAAGAAACAACUGACGGAAUAGUUCAAAAGGAACUUAACGAAACUGUUGUCAGGAGUCGUGAGGAGAUUGAAGAAAGACUUGAAACUGAGGAUCGUCAACAACUUGGAGAUAUCUCCGACGAGGCAUACCAAAAAGCUGUUCAAAGUAAUCGUGGCGAUCUGAGAAUAGCAUUGGCCGAAUCGACGAAACAAAUUGCACCACAGACGGGACCAAGGAUAUUGCAGCAUAUCACCAGGUCGAACAAGGUCAUCGACACUGAGAAGACCCUGGAAAAACAGGAACUCAAAUCCGACGGGCUAAUUGUUACGGAGAAAAAGAAAACUGUCGAGCACGAGGAGAUCAAAGACGACGAAGUACCGGACGAUAAUUGUAGCAUCAACGACAACGACGAGGACAUCAUUUCGGAAAUUAAAAAGGAAGGUACUCAUAGGUUUAUCAAAAAACGUGAGGAAGACGUUGUCGAUUACGUCUCGGGUGGUGAAAAAAUCGGACGUGAAAUGCGUUACGUCGCUGAAACAACGGAAGGCGAACGAAUCGGGGAUUGGUCGUCGUCGUCACCCCCACCCCCACCACCAACACAAUCAACCAAUAUGAGAACUACUAGGAUUCAUAAACAUGCUGGUUUUCCAGGUGAUUGUACGCAAACGGCAAGGAAAGAUGCAUUAACGAAGAAACCAUUGGAUUUGGAAGAGGAAGACGAGGCAAGGAAAUUCGAGACAUCGAAAUGGUUAGAAAGUCACUUUGGUAGCGAGUCUCGUUCAUCUCACGGUUCCAUAGACGCUGAUGAUGGUCCUUUCAUACCUAACACUAAUACCAGUUACAUACACGUCACGAUGAAAUCCUGCAAUCCUGCAAGAGAAAGGGAUUAUCAGAACGUAAAUUCUAAUCGGCAUCAACAGCAACAACAACAACAACAACAUUCAGCUACCACAGGUCGUGAUUCAAAUUCACCGUCUGGAUAUUUUCAUGGUAUCAGUGAAUGGUCGGAAAGAUACCAAGGCAAAGAUAAGGAAGACAAUCACGGUAGAACGAGUUCACCGUCAUCGCAACAUUUGGAAACGUCCCGAAUUAAUGGACACUCACGGGAACAUUCGAAAAAUCAAUUGGAGUCUACUUACUCGCGUACUUACGAGUCUAUUAGACGACGGGAACAUCAGGAAACUGUUCAAGAUGAUAAACAACGUACUACACCGUCACCACCGGCACGUAGAAAACCCAAGGAACAGUUACAUUCGAGAAUAGUCAAGAAAACAAUUACGAACGAGUCACCGUCUGCUAGAACAUCCAGUCCAGUUCACGUGGUACAAAGAACGUGGGAAAGUAGAACAAAGGAUGUUCAAGAACAGACAAUUGAACGUGAUGCUCGUAAAAAAUCAAGCCCAAGGUCCCGUUCGGGAUCACCGAAACAAGUUAGGAUCCUUCGGGAGGAUAAGAAAAUGAUCGAUAAUUCAACAAAUCCGUCACCACGACCAUCUAAAAGUAACAAUAAUCAAUCGAAGUACAAGAUAGGUGAAUCCUUUCGAAAACUCGUUGGCAAAUUACGUUCGGCUAGUACAGAAAGGAAGAACAAAAAAUUAGGCAAUUCUGUAUCGCAAGUAACGCAAACUGAUGACGACGGAUCUACAUACAUGCAGUACAACGUAAUCGAUAAGAAUAUUCCAUUGUUCAACGAUCGUGAGAUUGAAAAUCAUCGUAUACCGGAGAGACCCCCAAGAUCACCGAGAAAUAAUACAACCGUGGUGACCAAAGUAAUAUCGAGUAAACAACCAAUUCGUACGAUUGAACGUACGAUCAAUCGCGAAGAUCAGAUUCCUAAAAAUGAGACAACUACAAUACCACCACCUGUUCAAAGGUAUUACCUAGGUGAGGAUCCAUUCGGGGGUAGCAUUUAUGGUCGUGAAAGAGGUUACAAAGAUGCCAAACGUCCAACGAGAACUCGUCUUUUUACCAAAACAGGAACCCCCAUCGAUAAUACUGAAUACAGUGUCGUGACCAACUCACUCGGCAGGUUUAGCAAAUCAACCAGUCGAUUGACUAACUCGUAUGAGACGGAUGAUCAAUUCAGGAAUGUCCAAACCUUACCAAGGAACAUGAGGUCUGAGGGUAAUGCAAAUAAUCAACAUAACUCGUCGUCCUCGUCGUCAAGACAACAAUUUCUUCAAAAGGCUGCUACUACUACUCCUACUACUACUACAAAUAAUUCAUCUGGGAUAAUAACACCAUCCAGACAAUAUGGCAGCAUGAUUAAUAUAUCCAUUAAAAAUGCUGUAACAUCAUCUAAAUCAUCUCAUCAAACAACAUUACCAACUACAGCUCAAUCUACGCCACCUGCCAAACCUGAAAGAACGUACAAGUCGAAUUUAGCACGUAGCAAAAGUUUUAACAUAGAAGCUGAUAAAAAUGUGAUGAUUGAUAAGCCUAAUAUUAAUUUACCUUACAAAUCGAGUCUCCAAUUGAAUCGUUUGGACGAGACACCACCGUUAAAAAGUCCUGGAAUUCUUGCUAGUAUCAGUCGUAGUAACAGGGAUUUGUUUAAGGAUGGUAGAAGAGAAUAGUAAAUGUUAAUUGUUUAAUUAUUACUUUUGUUUUUCUUUUUACAAUACGUAUAUAUAUAUUCGUAAUAUUUGUCCAACCCGUUGUGUUUUAUUUCUUUAUAUAUUUAUUUUUGUUUUUUACACUUUUCUACGGUUUUUUUUUUUAUUAAUUUAAAAGACAAAUUUGUUUGCAAAGCGUUCCAAAUAUCCUUUCUUUUUUUUUAACGUGACUUUUCUUUCCUUUUUUUCUUUCCCUCAUCAAACAUAUGCAAUUGUGCUAGGGGUUUUCUUUUUUUUUCUUUUUUAAAUAAAAUUUAUUCUAUCGAAGAUAUAUCGUAGUACAAAUAUAAUCUUCAUUAACAAGCGGUUCGACAUAGAGAUCUAUUUUUGUGUGUGUGUAGACAAAAUAUGUUAAUAGAAUGUUUAAGAAAAAAAAACAAACGAAAACGAAUUUAAAAUGAUUAUAAUAAAUAUGUUUAUUAGGAUAUAUAAAACAAAAAAUUAAUGGCAAAUAUAUCUCUCUCUCUAUAUAUAUAUAAUAGAUAUAUGUGUGUGUGUAUAUAUCUAAAACAAAUGAGAUUGAAAAUUUGUUUGGUUCAAUGAUUAUUACAUUUUAUCGCAUUGUGAUUUGAAAUUAUUGAACUUUUACUCUGGGCUUUUUGUUAAUUUCUGUUAAAAGUCGUAACUUUUUCAAACCAAGUAUUAAGAUAAAGGCGUUGGUGAUGUAAAUGCUUAUGCAAAUUAUACAAAUACUUCGUAAUAAAUAUAAAAUGUAUGCUAGA